CUCUAACCGGCCUAUAACCAAUCAUAACAAGCAACGUGUCUUACGUUGUUUACUAUGAAAAUUACCAUAAAACUUCUUUUGUUAUUUAUUAUCUAGCAUUGUUUGUUCAAGUAAUAUACUAUCUUCAGAAAAUAUACCAAUAAAAAAAUGAACUAUUAUUUUAUAUUAGUAAUAUUAUGUUUAAUGCAAACUUUAGCAAAAUGCCAAAUAAAUCUUGGUGAAUUAAAAUGCUUAGUAUGUCAAGCUACAGUAGAUGAAUUAUUGGAUGAUAUAGCCUCGGUAGAUCCAAAUAAAAAAGUAAAUGUAGGAAACUUUCGAUUGGAUGGUUCUGGAAAUGCAAAUUCACAAACAAUACCAUAUACAAAAUCUGAAGUUUAUUUAUCCGACUUACUGGAUUCUAUUUGUAAUAAGAUGGACGAUUAUGUUCGUGCAGUAACGAAAACAACAAAGCAAUUAACUCUUCUGAGAAUUGUGUCGAAGGAUGGAAAAAUGAAUCCAAAGAUGUCUGAAGUGGAUGUAGUGCAAGAUGGAGAUUUGAAUAAAAGCUUGAAAUUUUAUUGUGAAGGUAUUCUUGGUGAUAACGAAGAUGAAAUAAUACAGUUUCUGGUUCAUAGCACAGAUAAUUUACACAAUAAGGUAUGCAAUGAGUUGACUUCCUUGUGUGGUGAAGAUGAAAUAGAUAAUGAAAUUAUCCAUGGAGAGCUUUAAUAUAUUAUUGUAAACAAAC